UUCAUAGGUCUAAUGGCCAUGGGACACGUCUAUCUCAUCGUCUUGGUCUUCAUCUGUCAAUUCUCAGUCUUUAGAGAAGUCACCAACUUAUUUCAAGUAGGAUAUAAAGCCUCAGCCAAAGAACAUGCCAAAAAACAAGCGAUCAUGCUGGCUAAUAUCGAUAAUAACCGAUGGAGUAAAGUGAUGUCCUGGUAUUUCUUUUGUGCUGUGAAUUAUUUCUUAUAUGGAGAAUCGAUAAUUUAUUAUUUCAAACACAUCGUUUUCAUUGAUGCAUACCUCUUACCAUUCGCACGUCAUCAUCGAUUUAUUAGUUUAUUAUUAUAUUUGAUUGGUUUUUUGGCGUUUGUGACGAAUUUGGUCAAAGGUCAACUUAGAAGACAAUUCGGUUUGUUUUCUUGGAUUCAUAUGAGUUUAUUACUUAUCGUUGCAUCCGGUCAGUUUAUGGUCAAUAAUAUUUUGGAAGGAAUGAUUUGGUUUUGGGUUCCGGCUAGUUUGGUCAUCAUGAAUGAUGUUGCUGCUUAUGUCUUUGGGAUGUUGUUUGGAAGACAUCAGUUGAUUAAAUUGAGUCCUAAGAAGACGAUAGAAGGAUUCGUGGGUGGAUACUUUGCUACUGUGAUCUUUGCAGUCCUGUGGGGAACUUUAUUCAUGGGUUGGAAUUAUAUGAUUUGUCCAGUACGAGACCUAGGAGUCACAGCCUUCUCACCAGUGGAAUGUGUACCCAACAAUGCAUUUGUUUGGAGAGCGUUUGAAUUCCAAGGUCGAACGAUUUGGUGGACACCGUUUCAAAUUCAUUGUAUGGUCUUAGGAACCUUUGCUGGAUUAGUAGCACCUUUUGGUGGAUUCUUUGCUUCUGGAUUUAAAAGAGCCUUUGGAAUUAAAGAUUUUGCUGAUACUAUUCCGGGUCAUGGUGGUUUGACUGAUCGAUUUGAUUGCCAGUUUAUUAUGGGAUUAUUUACACAUUUUUAUUAUACUUCAUUGGUUAGAGAACAAAACGUAACGGUUGGAACGAUUUUAGAAUUGAUUGCAUCUUCUUUAAAUUCAAGUCAACAAAUCGAACUUUAUUCAGAUUUAGGUAAAGUUUUAAUUCAAAAAGGUAUCCAAUUUGAUUGAUUAACUUUUAAGUACAACAGAUCUAUUGAAUUGAUUUAUCUAAACAAAACAAUUAAAACCAAAACCAGUUCAAAAUUCAUGAUUCUUUUUUUUACAUACUUGGUAUAUUUUAAAAAAGUUUCUUUUCUCUUUAUAUCAAAUAUCAAAUAUCAUUUAUCAUUUAUCAAGUAUCAGAUAUCAAAUCAAGUGGGUUUAGGAGUUUGUAGGUAGAGUCGUUGAACAGAAAGACGUUGUGAGUUAUGAAGAUACAAAAAAAAAUCAGACAUGAUUUUUUUUUACAAAAGAACGAUUUUGUAUGUUGUUUUUGUAAUUCUGUUUUUUACAAAAAAAAAGUAUUGUUUGAAUGAUUAUACAUAUCUCCUUUUUAUUAGUUUAUUUAGUUUAUUUUGUAGAUUUGAAAUUGAAAAUGAAAAAGACAAAAGAAAGAGA